GAAAGGGCUAGGGUUUCCCCAGCUGCGAAAAUGGGCAAAGGAACGGGAAGCUUCAGAAAGAGGAGGAACAAGACCCACACCCUCUGCUUGUGCUGCGGCUGCCGUAGCUUCCAUCUGCAGAAGAGCAGAUGCGCCGCUUGCAGCUAUCCUGCUACCAGGAUCCGCAAAUAUAACUGGAGCAUGAAGGCGAUCCGGCGCAAGACUACUGGAACUGGAAGGAUGAGGUAUCUCUGUCACUUGCCUCGCAGAUUCAAGAGCAAAUUCAGAGAAGGUGCCCAAGCAGCUCCAAGGAAGAGCGCUACUGCUGCUUCGUUUUAAUGCAUUAAAAUAGGUGUUUCGGGUGUAAUCUUGGCACUCUAUUUUUAUUUAAUUUCCAUGAAUUCUAGAAACUCAAUUUUGGAUC